AUGACAACAACCUUUAGCCUGUUCUACCGAGAUCAGUACGGUUAUUGCCGUCGUUUAUAUUUGAUAGGAACCCAUAAUGCGGGCAGUUACAGCAUUCAGGAAUCGUCUCCGACAGCUCCAGAUUUAAAGUUUGGGCUUCUAAUCAGCUUCCUAGGCUACUUCUUCAAUAUACGGCUUUCCGAUUGGUCCGUAACACAGAGAGCAGACUUCAUGACUCAACUUCAAUGUGGAAUCCGAUACUUUGACAUGAGAAUUGCAAUGCGAACUCCCGGCUGUGUGGCUUCGACCUCGAAUUCCUCACUGGAAGUUCAAUCUUGCUUCUAUUUGGUGCAUGGUCUGUACGCUAAGAGAGUUGAUGAAGAACUCCAGGUGAUCAAUUCCUUCCUCAAAACCCACCCAAAGGAAGUUGUCAUUGUUGAUUUUCAGCAUUUCUACGACUUCAACGCUUCCCUAAAGCUCGCAUUUAAGGAUUUUAUUAAAGAUACCUUUAGGGACAGACUUGAACCUUACAGGAACCAAAUACCGACUCUCUCUGAUUUGUGGUCUCGCGGGAAGCAGGUAAUCGUCAUGGGGUAUGAAAAGAAGCCCAAAGAACAUGAAGACGGUGAUUCGGUGCUAUGGCCGAGAUCCUCCAUUAGGCAACCUUGGCCCGAUACUCGAAGUCCAGACAACUUGGGCACUUUCCUUUCCAACGAGUACACUACCUGGAUGCGUGCGAACAAGAGUGCGAAUUUCUUCGUAUUCCAGGGCAUAUUAUCACCUGACUUGGAUUACAUUCUGUCUAAUUCCGGAAGCGGAAUUCAAAAGUUGGCCGAAAUGGCGAACGCCAUCGUCAAAGCCUGGUUGAAUGGACUGAAAUGGCUACAAGGAAUUGUCAUUACCGACUUUUCAAUCGUUGGUUUUCCAAGUUUUGCGCGAAGCGUCUUUGCCAAGAACUGGUGA